CUAGCGAAUGGUAACGGCAGACAAAAACAGGUCCAGCGUACUUCUCCCGGACGGGGAGACACCCACGAGACCUGUGCGGUCGGGAUAUCUUUAUAAUCUCAUAACAAUUAGCGCAAUUAGUACCGGUGAGUGUAUCUUCGGCACGGUUCCCAGCGUUAACGUUAGCAACCGAAACACGCUCAUUGCUCCGAGUGUGACGCCUGUUUUUUUCUGACUGCCGCUGGUCGAGGGUUGUGAUGUGAGCGGAGUUGCACCACGACAGAGGGUGAGUCAAGAGCUACAGCCGGAAAAUAUUUUUCUUGACACAGAAGAAUGGACUUUGUCGGGGACAAACUGACGGGCUCAUGCAAAGAAGCAGGCAUGCGACCGUACACGGGCCUGGACGUCAUCUUUGGGCAACAACUUUAGCAAGCUAGCUUACAUUAGCUCCCUCAAAUUGAUGCAAAUGAAUCGGUUUGGCUGUAAGCUCACUUCGCUAGCGUAAUGGAGGCACCCUGAGUGACUUAUUCGUUUCAAUUGACUGUCCUGGUGCUCUUUAAUGCUGCGAGGCAAUGUGCUGACGACCACCAGCCUUUUCGUCGGUUCCCGUUUGGAGCAGUAAAACACGGUUGGCAGAAAUCAUUAAACGGUGGUUGCCUGCCUGGGUGACAGCUGAGCAAAGUUGCCUAAUUUGCCGUAUAAAUAAUUACUGAAAUAGCAUCUAUUUCUUACAGGUAUCACACCUAUUCCUGGUAUUGAUAGUUGUGUGAAAGUGCACUUUAAUUUAAUUUUUAAGGAUGCGCCAAAGACACCUGUGAUUUUGUGUUUGAGAAAACUAAAAAUCACCCCAGUACUACAAACCAGUCAAAAUACAGAUAUAAUUUUCUGAUUGCACUUGAAUAUAGUUUUUUUUUUUUCAAGAACCAGGACCAGGGUAGGUGCACAUCCACGUAUACUGUCGUGAGACAUAGACCAGAGACAGGCUUAUCCAUGUCAGUUGGUUCCUAGUUACUGUUUAACUCAAUAUCUAGGCUGUCUGGCACAGUUAAAGACUGAGUUUCACUGGACAUGAAAACAUGAAUAUCGAAGAGCAGUGUGUAGAUUUGUGCAAUGUUAAGACAAAAAGCAAUGUGGACGCUGAUCACAACACUACCAACAGCACAGAAGGGGUCACCCCCCGGAUCUCUGAACUGAUGACGGAGAGUAACACAGAAAAACAAAACAUUGUUCCUACAGAGGCCUCUGAAACGUACCUGAUGCCUCAGCUCACUGACAACCUUCAGGCAGUUGUGGAGGAUAACCACCAGGAGCAAGACGCACUGGAAAUUGAUGAGGUUAAUGGAAAUAGAAAGAGCCGUGUCAAAGACACCCCUGUGGUGGUGAAUCCCACUGACUUGAUCUUUACUAAUGAUGAGCAGCACAAGGACGAUAUUGGGGUGGAGAAAAUGAAGGAAGAUAAGGACACUGAACCUGCUAAGUUUGUGGAAGGGGAUGAUGGUGGGGACAUGGACAUAGGUGUGGAUCUGAGUCUUGAUGAGAGUGGGGUGCUGGAGGCUGAAUUGACAAGCGUCAGAUCAUUCUCAGACAAUACUUUAGAGUCAACGUCGCAGGAUGUCCCAGUCGGCAUCACGGCAGAGAGCCACUCAGAUGCAAGCAAGACGAGCACAGAGGCUUCUGCCUCAGACCAGGCUGGACUGUACCCCUCAGUGGAGGAGGAGGACGAUAAACACAAACCAAGUGGCAAAAGGGUGACGUUUCCCUCAGAUGAGGAUAUAGUCUCAGGAGCAGUGGAGCCCAAGGACCCCUGGAGACAUGCUCAGAAUGUGACGGUGGAGGAGAUCCUCUCUUCCUACAAACAAGCCUGUCAGAAACUCAACUGUAAACCCAUCCCCAAAGUGCUCAAACAAAUACAGGAACUGAAAGACCUGACACAGCGAAAUGAAUGCUUAGACCUAAAAGGUGAGAAGCUGGACUACAAAGCAUGCGAGUCUCUGGAAGAGAUUUUGAAGAGGGUCCAGUUUAAAGUGAUUGACCUUGAGCAGACCAACCUGGAUGAAGAUGGUGCAUCAGCUCUGUUUGACAUGAUCGAGUACUACGAGUCAGCCACACAUCUCAACAUCUCCUUCAACAAGCACAUUGGCACACGAGGAUGGCAGGCAGCAGCUCACAUGAUGAGGAAGACGAGCUCUUUGCAGUAUCUUGAUGCACGCAACACUCCCCUGCUGGACCACUCGGCUCCCUUUGUAGCACGAGCGCUCAGGAUCAGUGGCAGCCUGGCAGUCCUCCACCUGGAGAACGCUGGCCUGUCUGGCAGACCGCUUAUGUUACUGGCGACAGCUCUGAAGAUGAAUAUGAACCUGCGGGAGUUGUACCUGGCAGACAACAAGCUCAAUGGCCUGCAGGACUCAGCCCAACUUGGCAACUUGCUCAAGUUCAACUACAAUAUUCAGAUCCUGGACCUGCGCAACAACCACAUCCUAGACUCUGGUCUGGCCUAUGUGUGUGAAGGACUGAAAGAGCAGAGGAAAGGCCUCGUCACAUUGGUGCUAUGGAACAACCAGCUCACACACAACGGCAUGGGCUACCUAGCUGCUGCACUGCCUUGCACCCAGAGUCUGGAGACUCUGAACCUCGGCCAUAACUUGGUGGGUAACGAAGGGGUCCACAAGCUUAAAGACGGACUGAUUGCCAACCGCUCUGUGCUCAGACUGGGCCUGGCUUCCACCAAAUUGUCCUGUGAAGGAGCUGUGGCUGUGGCUGAAUUCAUAGCUGAGAGCCCCAGACUGCUACGCCUCGACCUUCGAGAGAAUGAGAUCAAGACGGGUGGACUGAUGGCCCUGUCACUCGCUCUGAAAGUCAACACCUCUCUGCUGCGUCUCGACUUAGACCGGGAGCCCAAGAAAGAAACCGUAAAGAGCUUCAUUGAGACCCAGCGUGCCCUUCUGUCUGAGAUCCAGAAUGGCUGCAAGAGGAACUUCAUCCUGGCUAAAGAGAAGGAGGAAACCGAGCAGAAGAUGAGGCUGUCGGCCUCCAUGGCUGAAAUCGCCACAGAGGAUGGGACCACAGAAGAAGUGGUGCAACCAGCAUCAGAGGAAGGAGGGCAUGCAGAGAGGAAAGAGGGAGAAGAAGGUGAAACAACAGGAAAUGAAGGACAGACAGGCAGCCAGUCAGAGACGGGCGCUGAGGCGAGCGUUCCUCAAAUGAACCUGGAGUCAGACUCAGACACUGAGGAUGAGGAGGAAGAGGAGGUGGUAACGAAGUCCUCCUCCACGUCAAACUCCUCCGUUUGCUUAAACCAGACUGCUCCUCAAACCCAGACAGGGGUUGCACAGCCUCUCUUCAGUGCCUCACACACGUCCUCAUCCCCGGCGGCCUCACCUGCCGGCGGACCGAGCGUCAUUUCUGGCAUCACCGUCACAGAAUCCUCAGUUCCUCCCGGGACCCCUCCUUCUCCUGGACGUUGUAUAUCUGUCUCUAGUCCCGGGAGGGGUCAUAAGAUCUUCAUGGUAACUCGGGUGGAGAGUCCGCCUGAGCAGCAGCAGCUACAACUCCAGCUGAGCACACCUGCAGCUCCCAGCCAGACUAAAGAGGCCUCGGAGAAACCCGCAGACGCGAACACGCCCACGGCACAGCAGACACAGCCAUCACCCUCAUCUCAAACACCUACACAAACAAAACAGGCACAGGAGGACGUGGAGGAGAGCUCACCUGCUCCAUCAACAGACUGUAAACUGACACAGCAGAGUCCUGUAGCACACUUAGACAUCGCACCAAAUACUACACAGACCCACACACUAGAGCCACAGUCUGCAAGUCAACCCACGGAGGAUGUGACAGCAAGCACUUUAGGCCCAGAAGAGACGGAUCCUAGUCAACAAGCACCAGCCCUGCCUUCAGAUUCCUCAUCAGCCUGGCUCACUGAGGACGUAGCAGAGAGCACUAAAAGCCCCCAGGCUCAGCCCACUAGUGUUGAAGGAGAGGAGGAAGAGGAAGGUCGUACAGAAGACAAGAGACAGAUGAUGUCCCCGGAUAGCACAGAAGUAGAGUGUAGACAGUUAGACGAACUGGGUCAAACCCAGACUAGUAUCCCUGCCGUAGAAACGCAGCAGCAGCCGGUAACCUCUGCUCUUGAGCAGCUACAGAAUGAGCUAGCAUCUGCAUCAGAGGAGACCCAGUCACAGAACCAAACAAAGGAGGAAGAAGAGGAGGCACUGGCGGAAGCACCAGCCACCUUGUCAGAAAAUGAAAAACCCAGUUUAACAGGGAACGAGUACAGCCAGCCAAGCCAAGAGGAACCGUGUCCAAAGCAGCAGACAGAGGCAGAUGAACAGGGAGUACAGCCUGUUCUCUCUGCCCAGACUGAUCAACAAGCACCAUCUGUCAAUGAGUCAAAUCCCCCAGCAGGGGGAGCCUCAAAGAGUCUCGAACCUGCCUUGACCGCGCCUGUGUCCCCAGUCGAAGUGGAGGAUUCGCCAGAUGAGAGCUCUGCGGACGAGGGCGAGUGUUUUGCGGAGGCUCCGCAGGAGGAACUCGUCGGUUCAGCUCUGCCCAACGGCCUGAAGCCUGAGUUCUCCCUCCAUCUCCUGGACACUGAAAGCCCCAAACCAGGCAGCUGUGUGAUGGAGCAUGUGAGUGUCAGCUGUGGACAAGAGCUGGAGGAGCUGCUGCUAGAGGCCAGUUUGGAGACGGGGAGAGACGCGCCAUGAGGCUGCGAGGGACUGCGAGGACGGGAGAAAACAGCACUCAGAUAGUUUGUCUGGCUCUUCUACAUGACUGGUUGCCCUACAAUGUUUUUGUCGUUUCUUUGACUUUACCACCAACACGACCUUUCCAUAAAGGAAGACCUGGUGUUGCACUCGAAGCUCUAUACGUGAAAAUACAAGAAAUUUACGGGAAGACCCAGAGGACAAAAUCAACUGCUCGAGCUCAGCUGUGAAAAAUAAGGAAUCCUGUACAUCCACACUACAUCGACCACUGAAUCACGUACAUAUGCACACUGAGUAUGAGCGAGAGGGGGGAAAGAGAGAAAUGAAAUCACCCUUUUAUCACUACCGUUUGUCAACCUGCAAUCUUUACAAACAAGCAGCCUGUGAGAAAGACGAGAGAUGGGGGGCAAAGAAUGGAGGAUAAAACACUAACCAAAGACAGACCUUUCUCACAGCCCUACUCGCUUUCUUGUGUAGAUUUCCACUGUAGUUGGUGAAAUAACUAGCAAUUUUUGUCACAACACACAGAUACAAAGACAUAUCGGUGACAACAAGAAAAGUGGGGUUAACGGCACAGUCCAAACGUGAAAUAAAGGUGACGGACCCUGCUGGGCGGACCUGCUGGCUUUAAGCACUUGCUCUAGAGGUGAAAGUAGGUCACUGUCAAAGGCUUUUAUAUCCGAGGAAGCUGAAGAUGUUAACGUGUCUGUUUAAAUGUCAACGUUUUAUGUCCGUGUCCCCACUCUCCCGACCAUUCUUCAGGGGGAGAAAAACAAGGAAACUGUAAGGGACCUCUGCCAAAGUGACCUCCCUCAUGUCUGUUUUCUCCUUCUCUGCUCGUUUUUUGGCCCCUCAGGAAUCAGCAUCCCCCUCCGGUCAGUGUCCUCAGACCCGAUGUGGAGGAGCUGCAACUGUUUCCCCCGCCUGCCUCCGCUUUUUGAAAGCCACAAAGUCGGUUAUUUGCUCCCCACAUCUUCUGCCAAUGUCGGAAAGCAAGACGUCUGCUUUCAGUGGUGUUAUUUACAGGAAAACAAAACAAAAAAAGAAAACAUAAAGUUUCCUUGAUUCUCUGCAACUUAAGACGCUGUUAUUGCUUCGUUCGACCAGUCGUUGUUGUGUUAAAGUCAUUCAAGAAAAGCAGCUCGGUCUCUGUCGUCCUCUCCCCUCUCCUUCCUCCCGGUCUUCCACUGGUACUUCGUGCCAUCUCACCUCUCCGCUCCGGCUCAUCAUUCAUGUUGCCUUCAACUACCACUUCAUAUUCAGUCUUUGUUUUUUUUUGUUGUUGUUUAUUUUUCUUUGAGAAAUCAGUUAUUUUGUAUUUAUUUUAUAGAUAUAUGAGCUUUUUCUGAUUUUUUUCACCCCUUCUUCACUUUCUUUUUCUUUUCCAUUUGGGGGGUUGCUUUUAAAGAUUAUCCCCAUUUUUUGAUGUAUAUUUCAGAUUCAAACUAGAGCAAAUAUUUAGUUUAGUUUUUGGGGGAGGGGUGUAAUCUGUGUUGGAGGAAAGGUAAAUAUGAUUGAAUGGUUGGCUACGGUAGCAGUCGGGGUGCAGUAAUUAAAGCAAACACAGGGAAGCAGCAAACAAUAGUUCUCAACAAAGUCCUUGUUAACACUACUCUGCUGGGUGAAGCUGUGACCACAAGGGGGCGCCAGUGGUUGUGUUCUUUUCCCACUGUGGAGAGAAAAAGUCUGAACAGCAUCAUGUACAACACGCUGCAGGGGCUGAUGUCUCCGUUCACAUCUAACUCCUGUCCUACAUUUUGCUGAGCAAGGCAGUGAAACUUUGCAUAAAAUGUCAACUUGUUCGUUGCAAGAGCUGGUUUACCCUGCUUUGAGCUUCUUCCUGAAGCAGACAUGGGCAGGUUUGGUGUUUUUUUUCUUCUUAAAAGGAGCAGCAUUCAACCCUUCUGCUCCUCUCCACCCAACAGAUAGUUUGCCCCCACUGUUUGUUAUGCUUUAAUUUUUAGAAAUUUUUAAUAAUAAUUUGUUAACUUAAUUGAAAUGUGCUGGUAAUCACAAAGAUAUGUAUGGCGAAAUUUGUUCCUCUCAAAUAAAUGCAUGUAAUGACUAA